AUGAAUCUAAAUGAUGAUCAAAUAAUGUCAUCGAACACAUCAUUACAUAGAUUGUCUUUAUCACCUUCCACAAAUCCGGAUUUAGAUGAUACUGACGAUGGAGGUGAAGAUGUUGAUGAGGAUUGUCUUGAUUCAAUUAAUGAAAUUCAACAUAUUAUUCAAACAUUUGGAAAAGAUGAUUGUUCGACAUUAUCAAUUGAUUAUUAUGAUUCACGUCGUCAUGAAAUAAUGUAUGAAAUAAUAAAUAUUGAAAGACAAUUUGAAAAAUUAAAAAAUAUUUUAUAUGAAGAAAGUAUUUUAUUAAUCGAUAGAAAAUUAAUAUCAAUACAAAAUGAAGAAGCACCUGAAUAUCAACACGAAUUAAAAAAACUCUAUGAUGAAAUGAAAUUACAAUUAGAAGUAGCGAAACAACGACGUGAAAUUGAAUUACAAGCUUUAGAUAAUUCGACAAAAUCCGAAUUAUUAAGUUUAGAACAAACUUUGGAAAAUGAUAAACUUCUUCUAUAUCAAAAUAUGCAUGAAGAUAUUCAACAACAAAUCGAUGAAUUUGAAACAUUAAAAACAAAAGCACAUUUAUGUGCAAAUAUUUUACAUGAAAUUUUUCCAACAGAUGAACAACGACAAUCAAUAUCAUCAAAUAAAAAACGUUUUGAUUCAUCAGAAUCAACAAAACAAAAUACAAAAAAACGGCGUGUAAAUGGUAGAAUAAAAACUACUGAAAAAGAUAAUCUUGCAAUUUUUUAUCAGUUAUCCGAUAUUAAUGUGAUAGAAGAUUGGGCACUUAUACAAACAUC